UCCUUCCCACAUUUUCAUCAAGCUCACCGAGGCCAACUACUUUGUUGCUCUAAAAUCUUCUUUAGAUUCACAAUACUCAGAGGAAGCGAAGACAUGGGCUCUGCAAGCAGGGCUUCUUUAGUUGUGGCAGCGAGCGUGGGGGCAGUGGAAGCUCUCAAGGAUCAAGCGGGUUUAUGCCGUUGGAACUAUGCCUUCAGGUCUCUAAACCAGCAGGCUAAGAACAGCUUGGGUUCCUUCUCUCAGGCCAGAAGGAUGUCUUCUUCUUCUUCUUCUAACAUUGAUAGGAGGAAAGGAUGGGAAGAGGCUGAUGAGAAGGCCAAGCAAUCAGAGGAGUCGCUGAAGAAAGUCAUGUACUUGAGCUGUUGGGCUCCCAAUUAGAAAUUUAAGAAGCAGGGGAGAUCCAAAAUUUGCAACUGCUCUCCCUAGAGUUUCUCUGUUCUAGUCUCUAACACUUGUAACUAUAAAUUUGACUACAUGCGCCUAUUUUUGCAAUAAAGCCUUGUGAUUCUUCGCUUCA